AUGUCGCGACAUCGAAAUGUAAGGUCAAUGAGAUAUUCUGAUGAGUACGAUGGUUAUGAUGAUGUUUAUGGUCAUUCUGUGGAAGAUGACUACAGUAUUUCUCCCAGUGAAGCUGCCUUCAUGUAUGACAGGUCAACUCAGCAACGACAACUCAGUUCACUUCUAAGUGCUGAAGAAAAUAUUGCAGAAGAGGAUGAAGUAAUUAAUGACAAACCUGAAGUUCUAUCUUUAAAUGAAUUGGAUAAAGCAAAACUGAUGUCUUGUUUGGAUGAAAUGAGGAAUGUUCUUGGUGAUUCAAUUCCUGAACAGACUCUUUCUGAAACUAUUAUCAAUUCAAACUAUGAUAUUACGAUUGCCUUAGAUAAAGUAUUGAAUAAAUCUGUUUCUUCUCAGAAAAAAGACAAAGAGUCACCAAAGCCUCAAAGGACUACUCCAUUUCGUCGCUAUGAAAGAGGUGGACGGAUUCCCAAUAAGCUUGCCUGUAACAAACUGAAUGAUGGAAAAAAAGAAGACAUGAUUAAAAUAAAUAGUUGUGAAACAGAUUUCUUUAAUGUUCAAGAAUUCCUUUCAUCUAGUGUUAAUAAAGAUUCAAAUCUGGAACUGUCAAGAGCACUUCUUAAAAAAAAUAGGAAACAUCAAACCGAAAAAGAUUUCUUAAUUGAUAAAAAUGAGAAGAAAGCUUCAUUAAAUCUUAAUAAAGAUGAUUUUUUUGAAUGUGAUGCCAAAAAAGAAAAUAUCUAUUCUUUCCAGAAAAUGACUAUUGAUGAACUUCAGAAAGUUAGACCAUCCAGACUUGGUUUCUUUGUUUGUAAAUGUUUGACUGAAGUUGAUUCGAGCAUUACAUGUGUUUUGAGGAGCCAUCCCAGUAGUAUUAAUAUAAUUCCUUUUAAGUUUAAUUGUCUUUCACCUGAUGAAGAAGUAAUUAGUAAAAGAAAAUGGUAG